AUUUUCGAGAUAAUGUAAACGUAAUCGAUGCGAAAAAAUACGUUCGUGUAACAACAUUGUAAAUAUUAAAACAACAUGGUACCCUAAAGGAAAAGUUUUAUUAAAAACCUAUCAGUUUUAAUUGAACAAUGCUUUGCAAUAUAGAUUUUAAAUACAUUUUGAUCUGUGGUAAUGUUUGCCCCUUUUAGUUCGAAUUUAUUCAAAUUUCUAUCAGAUUCCAGUUACCAUAAUAACCCAAUUGAUGAUCAAGGGUUAAGUUCCAGUUCCAGCAGUAGUUUUUCUUCUGUUGAAAGUGGAAAUUGCAGCAGUUAUGGAAGUCUGGUUUCCUCAAAUAGUAGUUCAUUUGAAUUAAUUUCUUCUUUUGCUUCGAGUAUGUGGUAUGAUCAACCACCACUUUCAGAAAGAGAAGCUAUACAGAUAGUAGCACAAUGUUCAAUUGGUGGAAAUAUUGAUUGCAAAACAAUGACUGUUGAUCCAAACAUUACAAACUAUUCUAGUCUGUUUUUGUUACUGAAAAAAGCAUUCAACUUGAAUAAUGAUUUUGACAUUGCCUAUUUACUUCCAAAAUCCAUACAUGUUAGAUCACGACCUGAUGUGUAUUUAUCUUUAAUGUCUGACUGGGAUCUUGAUGCUGCAUUUCACACAGCUUCCUAUCCUAUUAUGCAGAUCAAAGUUGUUCCGGCUUUAAAAGGAGAUGUAUCAGAUUGGGAUGUUUUAGAUAAAGUUGAUAAUGCUCCGCAGGUCCAAGACAUAAAAUCUACUAACCAUUAUUCAAUUCCUUCAAUACACUCUAUAAAAAAGCAAAUGUCUAAACAAAUCAACAAGAUGUUUGAUGUUCUUAUAGACUCCCAUAGACGGUUUCCUGUUAGUCAGAGAGACUGGAAUGAUUUUUUUGAUCCUAACGGAAGAAUAAUCUCUUCAAAAGAUAUACGAAUAAGUGUUUUUCAUGGUGGGUUAGAGCCGAGUUUGCGUAAGGAAGCAUGGGUGCAUUUGCUAGGAGUUUAUCCUUCUGAUUUAACUAUAGAAGAGCGAGCUCGAUUUCUUCAGAUGAAAGCUAGAGUCUAUAACCACCUUAAAGAGCAAUGGCUAAAUAAAAGACCACAAGAUAUUGACAAUGUGAUGCAUAUGGUACAAAAAGACGUUUUAAGGACUGAUCGAACCCAUCCAUUUUUUAAUGUACCAGAGGAUCACCCUAAUAUAGUCUCUUUAUUUAAUAUAUUAACAACUUUUGCAUUAAAUAACCCUGAAAUUUCAUAUUGUCAGGGCAUGAGCGAUUUAGCAGCUCCGCUCCUGGUUGUGAUUGGCGACGAAGUGUUAGCAUACUUGAGUUUUUGCAAAGUGAUGGAAAGAUUAAGAAACAAUUUUUUACUAAAAGGAACGGCUUUAUUACAAAAGUUCGGACAGCUCUCUUUGCUGUUGCAACGUACAGAUGAAAAGCUUUAUAAAUAUUUUCAAGAAAUCGAUGGAGGAAACUUAUAUUUUUGCUAUAGAAUGCUUUUAUUGGAGUUAAAACGUGAAUUUCCUUUUGAUGAAGCUCUUACUGUUAUGGAAGUUAUAUGGAGUUCCGUACCUCCUGAUACUGACGAUGAAGAAAACGAACUUUGUUUUUAUUACACACUUCUCCACAGUGGUAAGCAGAGUGGGAAAAGUUCUCCGCUUUUUGAAGGUAUAUAUAGGCCUAAUUAUUCUGUAAAUAAAGAAGGUGAUGAAGGCGUUAAGUUAGACGCUCUUCCCCAUCCACGAUUCCUAAAUGAUGGUUCUCCGUUUCCUUUGUUUUUAUGCUUAGCUGUUCUUUUAAUAAAUCGUGAAAACAUUAUUACAAAUCAAAUGGACUACUCGAUGCUUGCGAUGUUUUUUGAUAAAAUGUCACGAAAACAUGAUUCUUGGAAAGUUUUGACUCGCGCUAAAUCUUUAUUUUAUGAGUAUCUUCGUGCGUAUUUAGAUGGACAAACGGUUGAUCCGAACGAUAAGGAAAUAACGCCACUUGAAGGUGCUCAUGGCACAAAAUCAACAGGAGCGCAGUGCUAGCGUUUCGUAAAAAAAUUACUUUAUAUAAAAUUUUAACAAUAUUUACAAUUUUGUAUAUUUAUAAAAAAAUUUUAACAAAUAAUAAACCGCAUAUUUAUUAUUACCAAGA